CCACAGUUCACCAGAGUAUUUUCAUCCGUUCCCAACUUUUCUUUUGCCUUCAGUUGCUGAUCUCACCUCCCACAUCCUGAACAUGAUGAAAACCAUCUGGGAUGUUCUGCAUUGCAAUUUCAUCAAAAUUUAAAUUGAUGUUCCUGGAUGCCUAAAAACAAUUUGUUUCAUUACAUCUACAAGAAAAUAUGUCGAUUCCCAGUGGCUGACUUACAAAAGAUCUUGUGAAACACUGCCUAAUGUAUAAAAUAAUCCUUCAGCCCUGACAACUACUCUGAAGAUGGAAUUGUGAAGAUGGCAACUUUUUUGUGUGGCUUUGAAGAAAAGGGGAUAAAGAGCGACAGGCCUGAGGACCAGUUGAGUAAAGAGAAGAAGAAAAUCCUGUUCUCGUUCUGUGAGGUGUGUAACAUCCAGCUCAACUCUGCGGCACAGGCCCAGGUCCACUACAACGGCAAGUCCCACCGCAAGCGAGUGAAACAGUUGAGUGAUGGGCAGCCCCCGCCUCCAGCUCCCAGCUCCGGACUCCUUCUGGCCAACAGCCCAGCCUCCAACACCAGUGCAGGCAGUACAUGCCACACUACGACGCUUCCUGCUCUUGUGCGCACUCCAACUCUGAUGAUGCAACCUUCACUGGAUAUCAAACCAUUUAUGUCUUUUCCAGUGGACAGUAGUUCUGCUGUUGGGCUCUUUCCAAAUUUUAACACAAUGGAUCCUGUGCAAAAAGCUGUCAUUAACCACACAUUUGGAGUAUCCAUUCCCCCAAAGAAGAAACAAGUGAUUUCUUGUAAUGUCUGUCAGCUUCGCUUUAAUUCAGAUAGCCAGGCCGAGGCCCACUACAAAGGAAGUAAACAUGCCAAGAAGGUCAAAGCACUAGAGGCAACGAAAAAUAAACCCAAAAUGGUUUCUUCCAAGGACAGCGCAAAGGCUAAUCCCAGCUGCUCCAUCACGCCAAUCACAGGCAACAGCUCUGACAAAUCAGAAGAUAAAGGGAAGUUAAAAGUCAACAACUCCAGUCAGCCAUCUAGCUCUGAAAGCAGCUCAUUUCUCCUCAAGUCUGGCACAGCACCCUUGCCACCUGGAGCAGCCACUUCUCCCUCCAAGAGCACAAAUGGAGCUUCUGGUUCUGUUUCUGAAUCAGAAGAAGAAAAAGCCAAAAAAUUACUUUAUUGUUCACUAUGCAAAGUGGCUGUGAACUCAUUGUCACAGCUAGAGGCACACAACACAGGAUCUAAACACAAGACUAUGGUGGAAGCUCGUAACGGAGCUGGUCCAAUUAAGUCCUAUCCGAGACCUGGCUCACGAUUAAAGAUGCAAAACGGCAGUAAGGGGUCAGGACUACAGAACAAGACAUUUCAUUGUGAAAUCUGUGAUGUUCAUGUCAAUUCAGAAAUUCAGCUCAAGCAGCACAUUUCUAGCCGAAGGCAUAAGGAUCGGGUUGCUGGGAAACCUCUGAAGCCGAAAUACAGCCCUUACAACAAACUCCAGAGGAGCCCAAGCAUUUUAGCAGCAAAACUCGCCUUCCAGAAGGACAUGAUGAAGCCCCUGGCGCCCGCCUUCCUGUCGUCGCCCCUGGCGGCGGCGGCGGCCGUGUCCUCGGCGCUGUCCCUGCCCCCGCGCCCGUCCGCGUCCCUGCUGCAGGCCGCCGCCCUGCCCCCCGCGCUGCUCCGACCCGCGCACGGGCCCCUGCGCGCCGCGCCCGCCUCCAUCCUCUUCGCGCCCUACUGACCCGCCGCCCUGCGCCCGCCGGGACCGCCAGCCCACCCCGAGCGCCCCCGCCGCCCCAGACGCUCCGGCCCCCGGAUGCCACCGUGCGCCCAGGACCGCUCCGCUCCGCCGGGGAUCCGAGCUGCACCGGCUUGACCUCCCUCCCUCCCUCCCCUGCCCACUCCUGUCUAAUUCGUGACUCGGUUUCUUGCAACGGUAUUGGUCCCACCCCCGACCCUCACCCCCCAGAGCCGCAUUGUAGACCGUUCUCUGACUGUCUUUCCAUGGGUGUGAUCUGAUGCAGGAACAAUAGGGAAUCCUUUUUUCCUGCCAGACUUGAAAAACGGGUCUUCCUUUCUCGCACGGCUGUAAAUAACUGGAAUCCAGCGGGCGACCACGGAGCAUGGGACAAAACGAGCGCAAGUGCUGACUUGUGGCUGCCACCUUAGCCAACGGAGCACCAAGCUUUUUUUCUCUUGGGUGUACUGUUGUUGACAGGGAUUGUGUACUGUUCUAGACCCAAGUACUCUUGUUUCCUGUGUAGUACUAGACCUGUAUCUCUCGUUGGAACUAAACCUUUUCAGUUGCUGUGUAAAACGUUAGGAAGCAAAGUAGCUUUGAAUUUUUCUCUUUAAGAGAGCAAAAGAUAAAAACGACGCCUUUUCUUUAUUUCACAUAUUCUUUGGUGAUAUUUAAACAAAAUAGAAAGCCAUAUAACGUAGCUAUAAUUAUAAUGUUUCCUAUUUUUGUUUAACUUAUUUUGUAGCUUCCUCAUGAGUGUGAGUUGCUAAGCAAAUGCAUACAAACAGAAAAAAAAAAAGAGCUUCCUAAAUUGCAUCUGUUUGCACCUCUUGUGCAUCUGCAAGAAGACAAUGAAUUCAUGUGUUUCUACGUAAUCAUCUUCCUCAUUUUUAAACCUGUUUUCAUUUGUAAUGAUGCUACAUAAUUCUGUGGCUCCCUAAUGCAAUAAUGUACAGAAGAUAAAAAAAUUUAUAACUGAACAGUCUGUCUUUCUGUUCUUGGAAUAUGUUGCAGGCCAUGCCCCUGUGCCCCCCAUUCUAAGCUGAUAUCAACAAGACUGUAGUGUUUGUGAUAUCAGGGGCAAGAGGUGCCAUAAAAGAACAAAAUAGAGUGAACUCUUUUAGAGCAUCUAUAUCUGCAAUCUGUAAAUGGUAAAAUGUCUGUGUAUUUUUUUAAAUGUACCUUUUCAAUAAAAGUACAAAAAAAUA